UAGGUGCCAGAGUGUAACAUGAAUAUUCUUCACAACAAAAACAAAGGCAUCACAUGUGAUGUAUAAGAGCUACACUGCAGCCGAUUGUCUGAAUUGGCAGAUACAUUUGGUUCAUACAUUAUGGAAGAAGGUAGCAACACCUGGACAUUGUUUCUCAUUAUGUAACUUGUCACUUUUGUGAAGUGUCUUACUAAUAAAGUCGUUUUUGAUGAUAAUCUUGAAAUAUAUAAUUGAAAUGAAAUAGAAUAUUUUGGGUGAUAACUUUCACAAAGAUAUCCUUAUAUGUUGUUCAUCAUUGAUUAUCUAUAGAGGAUAGUGUUUCAGUAUUUCGUUAAAACGUCUGAUUAUCCUUUAAAUUGACUCAGUCUUCAAACCUAUAAUCUUUGUUUUCUUCCAAUGUUUUCUUUUUUAUCAAACUGAUUUAAGUUAUACCUGUUCUGUAGAUCACAUUAAAUCAUUAUCUUUGACUAUUAUUGCCACUUAGAUAUGACAAAUAAUGUUUUUUUGGUUUUUGUUUUUUAAUUCAAAUGUUCCUUUAAGGCUGACAAAAGGGAAAGAAAUCAUUUAUCCUGAAGAUUAUGGCUCACGUGUUAACUUGAACUGGCAAAUGUUUAAUCCUUUGCUGGAAAUGUCAAACUGAGUGUUUGAAGGACAGAAAAUGUAACAAAAAAGACGAAAGGGGACAUAAAGGAAGAAAAUAAUAGUCAACCUUCACUCAAUUCAUAGCCUUUAAAAUGGUAUACUAGUUGGUAUUUACACCAUUUAAUGUAUUUGUCCAUAGGUUGGCUAGAUACAUCUCUUGGGUUGUCUUGAUUUUUCUAAUUGUCUGACAUGAGAAAAUUUUACAGGGCAAAAUGUCCACCCUUGCUUUAAUCUUUAAUGUCAUAACUUAUGUCACCGCUGGUCCUUCAGUUCCCAUCUCAGUCAUUUUGAGUCAUAGUGACGUGUACUGUGUGAGUGGGUGGAAGACUUUUUGAUAGUACACUGGCCACCUGUUGAUGUUUAAGGCCAAACUCCUCCCUGCAGUAUAUAAGAAUCCACAAAACAUUAACAAUCAAUCACAGCCUAUCCAUUGAACUUACUAGUGCAGAGCCUAAGCUUCACUAACCAGCGUCCAUUCAUCAGUUUUAGGUCAGCUCUCACCAACUGGUUUGGUCAUCACCUCUCUGGAGUAUGAGCAGCAUGAUUCAGGAGAUUUUUGCCUUUAUAUUAACAAUCUCCGGUUGGGUGCUCGUUUGCUCCACCUUGCCGACAGACUACUGGAAGGUAUCUUCCAAUGAUGGAAGCGUCAUCACAACAGCUUCCUUCUGGUCCAAUCUUUGGAAGACCUGUGUCACUGAUUCAACAGGAGUCUCCAACUGCAAAGACUUUCCCUCCAUGCUGGCACUGGAUGGCUACAUCCAAGCAUGCAGGGGGUUGACGAUUGGAGCCAUCUGUCUUGGUUUUUUUGGUUCCAUAUUCGCCCUCGUCGGGAUGAAAUGCACCAAAAUCGGCGGAACAGAUAACAGCAAAGCCAGAGUUGCCUGCUUCGCUGGAGUGAAUUUUAUUCUUAGUGGCCUGUGCUCACUGUCAGCGUACUCCCUCUACGCACACAGGAUUACAUCAGAAUUUUUCGACCCGAUGUUUGUGGCUCAAAAGUAUGAGCUAGGAACUGCUCUGUUUAUCGGCUGGGGAGGUUCUGUCCUCUGUAUCCUCGGAGGCGUCAUACUUUGCUUCUCCAUCGCAGAUUCUUUCUCAAAAAGGCACGGUCAUGCCAAAAAUAUCUACAAAGGGGCUGCCUCUCACUCUCAUAUCUCCUCCUACCCAAGAGGGCAGGCAAGGUCUAUAAACCAGAGGCCGCCUCCAGACUACAGCAACUCCUCCAGGAUCCAGCACUUUGAUAAGAAUGCAUAUGUUUGAGGGAUGUGAAUACAAAUACUUUCAGAAGCAGCCACUUUUUAGUCUUUUGAGAUAUAGCCUUAAACAUACAAGAGACACUAUGUAGAAAAUGUAUUUCAGCAUCAGAAUCUUUGGGAAUUCAUAAUAUGUGUACAGAAGGAAAGAUUCCGGUAUUGGGCAGUUUGCAUAUUUCCUGAACAUUGGAUGUUAUCACUUAUGUGUGUUUCAUAGUCAGCAAGUUUGAGAAGUCGGGUUCUAAAUGGGCCUCUUCUCCAUUUUUGCACCAUUUUCUAUCUAUUCUUAAAUGUCAGAAUCUAAUGUUUUCUACGUUUUUUUCUUAUUUUGGUUGAAUUUUAGUAACCUGCACAUGCUGUAAAUCGGUAAUGAUAAUGUUUAAAUAUGUGCCAAACAGGUUUUCUUGUUGUCUAUGACAUAACCAUUAACUAUAAUUUCUAACAAGCAAACUUGAAGGAGCUUGAAACAGAACUUUAUUUGCCACUGUCUUUGUACAUAGUCCAAUUUGUUAUACAGUAAAUGAUCUUUUUAUUUAAAAAAAA